CUUCGGCUGUUAAUGGAAGUGACAAUAUCGUGCUCCGUUUCAAGCGAUACGAGUGAAACUUUUAAGUCGCUAAUUAAUUAAACUCUUUUAUUUUUUCUAUCGCCAACGUAAAUUUAAUAAUCAUUUUUUUCUCAACGUCCGCGUCUUCAAUAAUUUUAUUGAUGAGAAUAAUCAACCACCAGCAAUUGAAUUCAAGAGACAUUGAAAAGUGUUGAAAAAGAAAGAAUAUUUAAAACGAUUAUUAAUUGAUCGGCGAAUAUCAAGAAGAGAGAAGGAAAAAAAACACAAAUUAAUAAUAAAUACUGGCAUCAACGGUGUCAUGUGAUAAUUAGUGCUUAUUCAAUACGACAAAAAAAAAAGGAAUUAAGUAAAAAACAGUUGAUAAAAACAUUGUGACGUUUUAUGUGUUUAUUAAAGAAACCAGCUAAGCUAACAUUAAACGAAAAUUAUUCGUUAGAAAUCGAAAUAAUUUGAGUAACUACGUGAUCUUACGAUGAUCGAAACCUUCAUAGAUCAUUCGUCAAUAUUUCCCAACACAACUGACAUGUAAUAGUUAAUGAGGCAUUUAUUUAUCCAGAAUUGCUACUUUUUUGUCCUUGAAACUCAUUUCGAAGCAGUCGUCAUUUCAAAUCGAAAGCAAAAGCAACAGCAACAAACAAAACAAGGAAAUUGAAAAGUUCAUGCGUUAAUGAUGCUUUUACGGAACGUUUUUAAAUCAUCAUGAGUUGGAGAAUAGUGCAACUGACAUUUGCGAUCUGCUGGAUUAUGCUGAUAUCAUUUACGGAAGCAUAUCCAGUGGAGUCAAAGCCAUUGAACAAUAAUCCAGAAACAUGGAACUUCGGUGAUGGCUGGCUAGUAUUUAAUUCAAAAAACCCAUUGGACCCAUCGGCUGAAGCAUUAAUUUCAUCAGAUCCACACAUAAAGAAGUCAAAAAUCACUCCAAAAUCAAUCUUCAUUGCACCAAACGCUUUCAACGGUCAGGGACAAAUGUGUCCGCACGGUUUUCGCGUCGACGAUAAUGGAAAGUGCAUUAAGACUGUCACGAUCAAUCAAGAUGAAGUGCUUGCAGCUCGUAUAACUGAGUUGUUUGGCGUCGAUACAAAUCCAAAUCAAAACUCAGACAUCGAUUCCGAUUAUUACGACUUUGAUGAUGAAAGUAAAAGUGACAAAGAUUCUGGCCCACUUCAGAUUAAUUUACCUUUAGCAAUCGAUAUUGAAGAAGAUAUUGACGGUAAAAAAGUUGAAUAUUUCAUCGAAGAAAAGGUGAUCGACAUGAGGAACUUAAAUCCAAACAGUGUCGUGAUGACAACAGAGAAAAUUGAUGAAACAACAUCAACAUUAUCUCCUGUAAUUGAUGUCACGGAUUUCGUGACAACUGAAGAGAUGAUUACAAGCUCAACAUCAAAACCAAUGACGGAAAUAUCAGAUGAAACAACGAUACCUUUUGAUGCUUCCUUCACAACAUUUUCAACACAGAAAAUUGAUGAAGACGAAGUAAUUAGCACUACAAUGACGUCAACUGAAACAAUUACUACAGAAGAGUUGACAACAUCGACAGAAGAACCAACAACGACAACAUCAACAACAACCACCACCCAAGAACCAUCAACAACGACAAUGAAGAAAGUGAAAAUCUUCUCGGUUGAUUUCCUUCCAAAGUCACAGAGAAAAGCGAAUCGCCUUGGGCAAAUAAAUGCGCGUUUAAAGAAUUCUCGUGAUCGUGAUCGCGAUCGAGCAAGGAAGCAGAAACCAACAGCAAUUAGCACCAAAACAAAUGAAAACUCAACGACAAAAUUGUAUAAAGUUGAACGUCAACCAUCAUCGUUGAGAAAGAAUCGAACGAGAAGUGGUGGAUUAAAACGAAAAUCAACAACGACAACGACAACUUCUACGGAAGCACCAGUGACUGCAUCAACAGAGAAAUCCUUCUGGUGGUUGCCAAAAGGAUGGUCGAUUGAUGAAACAAAAGAGAAACCAGUUCUUGUUAGAUUCUGGUCACAACAACCAUUAUCGCAAGAUGACAGAGCGAGAAGUCACAACGCACGUCAACGUGUUAAUUCACGAAUGCCAACUGAUAAUAUUUUUCGGGAAAUAACAGCACCGGAACUUGAAUCGGUCUUGAAAAAGAAGUAAUUUCCUAGACAAUGAUUAAAAGAAAGAAAAAGAAACACAAAACUCAUAGACGAUAAGAAAACUUUUUUGACUUGCUUUAAUUUGUGUGUUUUAUGCUCAAAAAUUUUAUGUGUAGAACUUUUAAUAAUGUCGUGAAGGAGAAGUGAACAGUCAAAGCCCUUUAACACGUACAAGAGCUCAUACUUUCAAUCCACCGGUUUUCGUUAUCAUGGGAUUUGACUGUAGAUAAAUGUUUGAUGUUAUUCGAAUGUAAUGGAUAAAUAGAUGAUGUGUCCAUUUAUUAGACUUUAUCUGAGUGAGAUGAAAAGAUUAGAAUGUAAAGAAAAUAAAAACUUAAAUAUUUAAUGAUAAGUUGUACUAACAAAAGCAUAAACAGAUAAGAAAUGAAUGUAAGUUUCAUUUAAUUAAUUGAUUUUGUUUGUUUGCUUUUCUGUGCCAAAUUAUAUGUCAAUUUAGAUUUGUAGAAAAAGAAAUGUAAGAAAUAUUAAUGUUUCAUUACAAUUUGUAGAUGUUCUCAAGUAAGAAAGCUUUCAUUUUAUUCUUUAAUUCAUUUAACUAAGUUAGAACUUAACUCGUGUAAUUUAUUAGUUCAUUUAAUUGUGUAAAAAGAAAAAAGUUAAGCAAAUAUGAUUUUUCUUCCCUCCCUUCAAAUACCUCCCACUCAACUCCCUGAUUUUUUAUUCAUUAUUCGAUGAAGAAAAUUCUGAUUAUUACAAAUUAAAAUUGUACAAUAUCAUUGAUUAAUAAAACGAGAAAAAAAUGUUUGAUUUAACCAAAA